AUGGCGAGCUCCGGGCACACGUGGCCCAACAGCCAGGACGACUACGAGCUGCUGGAGGUGAUCGGCGUGGGCGCCACCGCCGUGGUGCACGCCGCCUUCUGCCGCCCGCGCGCCGAGAAGUGCGCCAUCAAGCGCAUCAACCUCGAGAAGUGGAACACCUCCAUGGACGAGCUGCUCAAGGAGAUCCAGGCCAUGUCCAGCUGCAACCACGAGAACGUCGUCACCUACUACACCAGCUUCGUCGUCAGAGAGGAGCUGUGGCUCGUGCUGCGCCUGCUCGAGGGCGGCAGCCUGCUCGACAUCAUCAAGCACAAGAUGAGGAUCUCCAACUGCAAGCACGGCGUGUUCGACGAGGCGACCAUCGCCACCGUGCUGAAGGAGGUGCUCAAGGGGCUCGAGUACUUCCACCAGAACGGCCAGAUCCACAGAGACAUCAAGGCCGGCAACAUCCUGCUCGGCGACGACGGCAUCGUGCAGAUCGCCGACUUCGGCGUGUCGGCCUGGCUCGCCACCGGCCGCGACCUCUCGCGCCAGAAGGUGCGCCACACCUUCGUGGGCACGCCCUGCUGGAUGGCGCCCGAGGUCAUGGAGCAGAACCACGGCUACGACUUCAAGGCCGACGUCUGGUCCUUCGGCAUCACGGCUAUCGAGAUGGCGACGGGCACCGCGCCCUACCACAAGUACCCGCCCAUGAAGGUGCUCAUGCUGACGCUGCAGAACGACCCGCCGACGCUCGACACCGGCGUCGAGGAGAAGGAUCGCUACAAGGCGUACGGGAAGACGUUCCGCAAGAUGAUAUCCGAGUGCCUGCAGAAGGACCCCACCAAGCGGCCGUCGGCCACGGAGCUGCUGAAGCACUCGUUCUUCAAGAAGGCGAAGGACCGCAAGUACCUGGUGCAGACGCUGGUGUCCAUCGGGCCCAGCAUGGAGACGCGCGUGCACAAGGCCAGCAAGCGGCAGCCGGGCGCGUCGGGCCGCCUGCACCGCAUGGAGACGGGCGAGUGGGUGUGGGAGAGCGACGAGGACGAGGACGAGGAGGACGGCUCGGCGGGCCGCGACCGGCCCAUGAACACGCUGCCGCGCGCCGCGUCGUCCGACAGCGAGGACGACGAGCCGCGCGCCGGCUUCACCAUCGGCGCGCACGAGCCCGAGGAGGCGCCGCAGAUCAACCUGGUGCUGCGCAUGCGCAACGCGCGCAACGAGCUCAACGACAUCCGCUUCGAGUUCGCGCCCGGCAAGGACUCGGCCGACGGCAUCGCCACGGAGCUGGUGGGCGCGGGGCUGGUGGCGGGCGCCGACGGCGACGCCAUCGCGGCGCAGCUGCAGCAGCUGGUGGACGCGCACCUGUUCCCCGGCGCCGCGCCCGCGCCGCGCUCGCGCACCUUCCGCCUGCAGUCGGCCGACCCCGCCGAGCCGCCCGACGAGAAGGGGCUCGUGGGCUACGCGCAGAUCUCCAUCGUCGACUGACUCGACAAUAAAUAUUACGACUAGACUAUGUGAGCCGUAUUUUUAAUAUAAACGCUGUGUAAUCGAAUUUAGAUUAGUUAGGAAAGCGCAGGCCCCCCGAACUUGUAGAACAGUGGCGCCGUACCCUAAAAGGAGUCGUGUGAAAUUACCGAUCACUUUACAUAUAAAUAUGGGUUUAGCCCAUUCGGGGGCCUGUGAUAUAAAAUUAGUAGCCGCCACGCGGGUAGCUCGCGAACGUACGACGUAGAGCACAAACUGGGGUCACGUGUUACUACGGCGGGCCCGCUGUGGAGUUCGGAUGACGGUCGCUGCAAAAUACAUUUAGAUAUACAUUCGUAUUUUAGUACGUGUUUGUUUUAGGCCCAUUCUCGCACAGAACACCCAGAGAAAAGUUUCAAUUCCAAUCGUACAAGCUUUAAAAAACACCUUCCAAUGUGAGAAUAGACUUACAAAUAUAACAAACACUCGAAAGUCACGUAAUGGUUCUCGAAGAGAAACGUUAUAUAUGUCAGGUGCACCGUCGCGCGCCAUUAUGGCUCGUAGCUUCGUAAUGUUAAGCGCUAUUUUAUCUUAUUACGCUGUGUUCUAAAUACCUACAUAUUUUAAGGGUGAACGACCUAAUUAGAUGAAUUUUGAACUACGACUGGCAGAAUUGCGAAGCAAUUAUUGUUGGAAUUUACGUUUACAAGCUUUAAAAAUUCAACGAUAUAAGCUUGCUGAGAAACCUCGAAUAAGGUAACCAAUGAAGAUGCAUUUAGUUGAUUAUCAUACCUCAAUCAUUUAAUUACCCAAUAACUUGAUUAUUAUAUUUGUUAACUUGUUUUGAUAAACACUGGUCAGACCAAAGAUUUUAUAGAUAUGUCCAGCGCGUUGAAACUUAGUCGGUCAGUAAGUGGCAAAUUUUCUUAAUUUCAUUUACGGUCGUUUUUGAUAACCUACCAAAGAUUACGAAUAGAUAGCUAUCCUCGAUUAUCAGUAACGGUCAAACUAUCUGUCAGUAGAUUAUUGAAAAGCAGAUAAGAACAAAAAGAUAGAUUUUCUUAACUUUAUUAAGCGAAAUGGCGGAUAGAUAGGAUAUUGAAAACGGUCGUUAUUCGCAUUGUAAACAACGAAGGUUAUUACAAAUAAUGCCUAAAUAUUGUCUACAAUGUCGAUUUGAGUGUUCAAGAAGUGUAAAAACUAUAUCAUUUAUGUAAACAUAAAAUUGUGCGCUCAAUGGAGUAGCUAAAUUCGGAUUACUUUUUGUGGUGAUUUUGUAGGCACGUAACAUGUCUAACAGUAGAAAAUCUUUGGAUCAGUCCAUCAUCGAACAAAAAAGCGAGAUUUCCGACAAAGUUCCAAUCUUGUAAUAACUGCCAUGUGUAGUUCAUCAUUCAUGUAUAAUUAAUUAUUUUUAAGGGCAUAAGGAAUUAUUUUAACGUUAAGAUUAUUUUAGCUCAAGUGGAUAAAAUGUUUUAGUUUUAAGUAUGAAUCUGAAUUUAUAAAUCUUUUUUUUUAUUCUUCGUGUUUAUACGCCGCUCUAUAAAACUUAACACUGUAAUAGAUGUAAUUUUCUUUUAAUUUAUAUUCGCUCAAACUUGGAGUAUUUUAUUUAAGUUAAGUGCGCGUCAAUUAACUGGCACAUGUAGCCAUAAUGAAAAAAAAUAUAUAACCAAGUUUAGAAAACAAUAUAAAUGUUAGUUUAUAUUUAACAUUGGUAAAUGACUUAAAAAUGAAAACUGAAGUUAAACCAACGUCUGGCGCGCUAUAGAUUUUAUUAAUGUUUUGAAAGAAAUCAGUUUUUUUUGAUUUUAUAAUAUCUCAAGAUUUGGGUUUGAUUUUAUCAAUACAUGUGUACAUUUUGAUUGAAAAAUACACCCGGAUCUGAUUCAAUUUUAUUUUUUUUUUUUUACUUUUAUAAUCGGUCCUAAAAAAAAUAAAAAACAUAGUCAUGUUUCGAAAAAAGUAAGACUAAAUUUGAUAAUAAUAGUUCUAUUUUUUUCCGCAGUAGAAUAAAACAGCACACUAAAAAAACACCCAAACAUAGUUUUUCUUGCCAGGUUAUAAAACUAAAUCGAUUGAUAAUUUCGACAAUAUUAAAAAAAAAUGUUGUGUAGGUAAUCAGAUACAAUUUUACAAACAAAAUAUACAAAUAACGAUUAUAGAUAUGUUAAAACAGCAGACACAGAAUAAACUCUUGAAAACUCAAAAACACUCGCAUUGUAACGGUUCAAUAAUAUUAUGUAUGUACUUAGUAUUAAAGAAUCGCCUUUAAAGUGCCAUAUUUAGAUUUUCUAAAUAUGUAAAAGAUUUUAUGUAUGACAAACUCACUACACAGUUAUUAUUUAAAAAAAUCGGUUGUCUGUAAAGUCGGUUUACUGACGAUAGUUGAACGUGACAACGUCAUUUAAGAAGAUACUGAUGGAAUGGUUGCAUUUUUCAAAAGAAAAUGUUCAAUUUUCUAAAAUACUGUUGAAUAAUCUUCAUAGACCAGAAUAUACUUUAUUUCUUGUAAAAUAGUUGGCAACCCUAGAGCGAGGGAAAGACGCAUGACGUCAUCUUUUUUAAAGUGCAGCCGGCUCCAUCGAAGCUCCUUAUAAGACGUUGGCACGUCAAAAAAAGUUCUCAAACAGAGGCGGCGAUUCUAAAUGGUUAUCUUAACGGACAUUGUUCUUCUAUGUUUUGGCAACGUAACUUAAUUAGGUGGUUUCGUUUGUUUAAACGGUAGCUUCAGUGAGAUUGACGGGAAUAUUUCAUACUUGCAUAACUUUAGUGUAUUGCCAAUGGAAUAAUCCAAUUUUUUUUCCAAAAUGACUUUCCAUACCUACCUACUAGACCAGAUCCACUAGAGCCUAGUUUGGUUUCUACCGAAUAUAUCUGUCACCGCUAAUUUGUAAAAAAUACUCGCGCUAUUGUAAUCUGUCGAUAUAUUGUGAACUGAACAUCUGAUUACAAUUAACGUGUUAUAUUAUAUGGUAUGUAUAUUAUAUAUAUCGAAAAAUAACAUGUUAAAUUGUAAUCUGUUCAGUUCAUAAUAUAUAGACAGAUUACAAUAUCGCAAGUGAGAUUAGAAACGUAUUUUACAAUUUAACGGUAACAUAUCCAUUCAAUGUCGCUGCUUCUGAUUAUUAAACAAUAAACCGAAUAUAAUUCCUGUGUGUACAAAAAUGAGAACUUCGAUUUAUUAUUAUUAUUAUUGUUAUUAAUUUUCAAUAUAGGAAUAACAAUUAUAAACAAUUUAAAUUUUAAUCAUUACAGUGUUAUUGCAAGCAGAUGUAUGAAUAUUAAUUAAUGAAUUAAAUAUUUUUACGUUGUUAUUUGUUUGUUGCUUAUUUUGGAUUUAUUUUUUGAAAUAAUAAAUUGUAAAUCUGA